GAAACUUUAGCCUAUGCCCUUGGAACUAUCUCAGACAAUUAUUUGUGUCCUAUAAUAUAGAGAUAUUUCUGUUAUAGAAUUGAAGCUAUCAGUCCGAAAGAUAGAAAAACAAAAGAGGAAGAAAAAGAACUUGAAGAAUUAAGAAAUGAAAUAGAUCGCAUAAAGUACGUCAUGUAUAUCCAUACCUUUUUUAUAGAACCCUUUCUUAUUUACACAAAACAUUAGCUGAAGAUCGUCUUUAUCAAAUUCGAUAUUUUCAUAUAAAAUCAGUAAUAGUAUUAUACUAAGCUUCUACGCGGACUCUUAUGUAAUAAAUCAAAAUUUUUGAAGUAUUCGAUUCCCAGUUGACCUAAUUUGUAAGAUUGUGAAAGUAUAACGGGGAACGUCUUUUUCUUUUGUUUGUUAUUUAGAAUUCUUCCACUUUCGGUCCUCGUGCAAAAUUUGUCUGAGCCUGUUGACUUUGAAGACAUCUCUAAUAAAAUGGUAAGUUCUCCCAAUUAUGUACUAUUGUUCCCAGUAAACUGCGAAACGACCGUUUUUUUAGGCGGUUUGUCAGUGACAGUUUUGUCAAUUAAGAAGGACAUAUUUGUGUACCUCGUGAUCACAAUUCGCUGCAAGCGGCGUGUGAAAAACUGCAAGUUUUCAGUUUGACAGUUGUUUGACAGUUCUGACAGUUAAAUGGUUUCUAAUUUUAUUGUCCAAUCAGGUGCGUAGUUUUGAUUUAAAAUUCAAAACUACGCAUCUGAUUGGACAAUAAAAUUAGAAACUUAUUUAACUGUCAGAAUUGUCAUACUGAAACUUGCAGUUUUUCACACGCCGCUUGCAACGAAUUGUGAUCACGAGGUAUCACAAAUAUGUCCUUCGUAAAAACGGUCGUUUCGCAGUUUACUGGGAACAAUAGUAUCAAACUUUAAAGGAUUAAAAAUAUUUUCUGUGACCGCAAGGAAACAUGGAAACGUUUUCUGUUAGUUAUCGAUAUUAGUUUAAUCUUGCUGGACUUUGUGUAUAGAUAGGUUUACUGUUACCUAACAUUAGGUUAGAUGGCUACACUGUUGAGCUACUUGAACAAGGGGCAAGCCCAUGAAGGCGCAUUGACGUUUUAUCUGAUGAACUGUGUUUAGUUCAUUUGGUUGUUUUUAUAUUCUUACUGCUCACCCAGAAAUUCUUGCACCAGUGGUCCCAUGUCCACGAAGUCCAGUACGAAAGGAUUCCGUGCAUAGAUAUCUUAUAUACACUAGAUAGCGCAUCUCUUUUAGAAAAAUUGAAGCUAAGAAUAUUCCAGCGGUUACCCCCAUUUGAAUAGAUGGCGGCCAUGUUGGUCGUUCCCACUUGCUAAUAAACGCUUAAAAACAACAAUAACUUUCAUCAUUUGAAUAGUUUGAAAACGUAUUUGGAAUAGGGUUAACUUAAUGUUUAAGUUCCUUGUUUGAGAUAUAGAAAACAUACGAAUCUUCUCAUUUCACGGGAACGACCUGGGACUGCAAUCACGGCUUCAAUUUUUGAACUGCAGAAUAAUUAGAUGCACUAUCUAGUGUAUAUAUAAGAUAUCUAUGAUUCCGUGUCAGUCAAUAGUGUUAAUUGAACCGAUAUUUUUACUUGUUUUUAGCCCUAUUUGAUCACAGAAUAUACCUUUGUUUAUAAUUUUAACGUAAUCUAUUUUUACGACAAUUUUUGUGUACUGUACACAUUCGUCCUCGGUAAAAUAAAUUUUUCAAUUGUUUUUCAGUUGCCUUCCCGCACACCACAUCAGUGCGAGGUGUUUUGGUUUAACGAACUUCAUCCACUUCUAAAUAAAGAAAAAUGGACAAAAGAAGAGGAUAAAUUAUUACUGAAAUUAGCAGAAGAGAACAGCACUGGUGGAAACUGGGACGAAAUCGCUUGUGAACUGAAGGUAAAACAGGCUCAAGAGGCCCGUACAGUUCUUGAAAAAUAUUCUUCUUCGGUCUCAGCAGCGUCCCUUGACCUUCUGUCUCAGACCUCGGGAAAUAUUUUCUAAAGUAAAAAGGGAGAGAAACAUGGUAACUAGUGUGUUGCUAUGACAACCAUAGAAACAUUCCAAAAUGUUUGCUUAGGUGCACUGACUAACUGUACCAAAUUUCAGUUAAUUUCGUUGAAUCACUUCUGCGAUAUUAGUAUUACACAAAAAAUACAAAAUGCCUGAUAACUUAGGAACUAUGCAGACGAGCUGUGAAUAAAUUGUUAAGGCCAUUCUUCCAGCAUCUUUUUUAAGGUGCUUUCAAGUGAACCAUAAAUACUGGGGAGAAAAUUUCGUAUCAUGUGCACUUUAACGUUUUUAGAGCAACAGAUCAGCAGCUCAAUGUCUACAAAGAUAUCAGAGGAGCUUAAAUAAGAACUUUUUAAAAAGGUAACUUUUAAUAUUCCUGAUUCCAUAUCGAAAUGUAUUCUGAAAUAUUCUGUUAUGACUUAUUGUAAUUGUCAUCAUUCGCGGGUAAAAAAAUGUGGAUUGCUUGACGUUCCCAGUUGCGGACAGUUUGCGAAUAUUAGAGAUGCGAAUAUACCUUGUCAAUACCCUGUUAUACAAACUUUUUGGCUUAAAUAUAGCAUUGUACUGAUAACCCGUUACGUUCAGACCUUGCAUGGCAUCAUCGCUGCCAUUUUAACGGUGGCAAUCACGCGAUCAUUUGAGUAUGGAUAUUCGGCUGUCUGUCGUGAAAUGUAUCUCAUUCCAAACUUGGGACUCUUCGCAUGGAUAAUAUAUAUGUCCAUUGACAGCUAGUACGUCUUUACCUCGCUUCCGCAUAUUUACGUACAAAUGUUGUUUUCAAUUUUUUGCUUUGAUUCAUGUAACCUGCAUGAGUGUGUUAUCGUUUGAUCGCUUUAUUAAAUUCUUUAGAAAAUUAUCCGUUUUUCGUAUUUCUGUUUUGCCAUGCAUCCACAGCGGCUACAUGACGGCGAAGGCUAAAACCCCCGAUGAAAUACAUAAUAUUUUACGUCUUGUAUACAACGUCUACAUUUCAAACCGCGAGUGGCAGAGUGCGAUAAUUCAAGAUAUUUAUAGUCGUACCUGACUGGUACGCCAAUGAUUAUUGCCGCUUAAUUGCGCUAGUAUAAAAACUCAGUGCGCAAUGUGUACUUGUAUAAUCUUUAAAAUAAAGUAUACAUAAAGCAUAUAGGUUCUGAAACGCAGAUAUAGCAACAGUUCUUAUGUGGUACGUGGCUGAAAACAACGAAGUUCUAGACCGUAAUAUUAGAGAGCUUUAGAUUUUAGUACGACCAAAGCCCCGUUUAUACUACGCUCGAUUUUUGGUACCGUACCACUUUUUUGGUUCUUGGACUACCUAAAUAGGCAGUCCAAGAACCAAAAAGUAGUACGGGUACCAAUUUUAUCCGUGCCGUACCAAAAAUUGAGCGAAGUGUAAACGGGGCUUAAGAUUCAUUGUUCACACAUGCAUGCUCGCCAUCUUCUGCUGGAAAAUGUCCGCGGCAGCACCACAGGAAAUUUUUGACAUCUUAUAUACUGGAAUGCCAUAUAAUUUACUUAUUGUUUAAAAAUUCCAAAAGUCGAGAUUUUCUUGUGCCGAGAUUGAAGUCUAUCACACCUUGCGGCACCAUAUACGUUCUCUGAAUCUACCUAUACUGUGUGCAGGAAGUUUUAUAUUUCAAUUACACAGGAAAUUUUUUUACACAGCAGAUUUUGCUGCCAGGAAUAGAAAUCUACUUGUAUAUCAUUAUGCGCGCGCCAUAAUCCCGUACUAGAAUGAGUUUGCUUUGGCCGUCGUCGUUUCGUUAACCUUCUACUGUACAUCGUAUGGAUCCUAUAUUAACAUGCAGACGAGGUCCCCCCCCCCUUCUCUUAAAAAGUUACCAAGGUGGAUAUGUUCCUCAUUUCCCGAUAUAUCGUAUACUUGCACGACAGACCUGGUAGGUAAAUAACAUGUUUUACAUUUAUGGAUUUCAGCAAGUGGGAACCGGAAGACGAUGAGAAGUUACUAAAAGCUGUUAGAAUCUGCGGAAUUGGGCCUUGGGAGAAAGGUAUUUUGCAGUAUUUCUUUCUUUAGAAAUAACCAUUACUUUCUAAUAUUCACGAAAGUAGAAGCUGAAAUGAGAAUUUGAAUGUUCAUAUCAAAUUACAAGUUUUGCUUCAUCUCUAAAAAUAGUUUAUAGUCGUAGUUGACAUGUAUAUACUGUGCGUGGUUUUAGAGUUGCUCCACCUCUUUCGAAUUGUCUUCGGUUUUGAUCACUAUACCUUUAAUAUAGAGUUUGUCCAGUGUUGUGAGGUCAGUUUCGUUUUUAAUUAGGUCUAUGUCAAGUCUAUUAUAGACCCUAUAAAAAAUAAAGCCAAUUCAAGCGAAACUGUGGACCAAGUCUAAGCUUUCAGCAGAGGCGUAUAAAAUGACCCUAAGCCCACACAAUCCCAAUACGUUAUUCGAUGCAAAUAGUGAGCUUAAGCAAGUUUGACAACACGAACGACAUGAGUAACGUCAGAAGACUGGGUCAAGGGCUGUGAUUGGUGAAAAACGUCAAGUUUACUUCCGGUCGACGUCCGUGUUGUUAAAAACGUCACUUGCUCAAGCUCACUAAUAUCUUGCUGGGUACGGGUGGAGUGUUUACAUAAGCAUCUUGGCAUUAAAAGCUGCCUUUCUGUCAAAUAUCAAUGAAUUGACAAAACAUGAUGGCAGUGAUGUGCUGUAGCCUGACUCUAACACAGCCCCUCAAAUUUGCUUCGAAAAAAAUUAAGAUCAUGUAUGUGUAAAUUUGCAGGCGCAUGCCUAUUGAAACAAUAGGACGCAAAGGCCCAUGGGAAUGUUUGAUGCAUUAAUGACAACGCUUGAUGCAUUCCCAUCAUUCAAAGUGGGAUGAGCAACUGGGGAGGAGUCAGCUGGGAUUACUAAUCAAGGAUUCAAGGGGGCAAAAAAAUCCCAGGAGGGGCCGAAGCUAUUUUACCAUUUGCUAGUUCGAACAUACUCAAUCUUGUUCCCCGAGCAUGCCCGUUCGCAGGUUAAGGGUGGGCAUAGCUCUGGAGAAAUCGAAUUGAUUCAGGCCUGUGAUUGGCUAAUUCGGCAGAUAGUACGUUGGAUUUCCAACGUGAGUUCUACGCUUGACAAUUAUUGCAAAAUAUAAACAAAGUAUUUGGAAUUUCUCGUCGAAAAUUUGCUACUUUUUUACACUGAAAUCGAUUGAAAACAACUAGAAAUUCUGCGAAAGCUUCGGAUAUGCGAAAGCUUCGGAUUGAUACGGAUACAACUACCUGAAAAAUACAAGGAGACCUUCGACGUUUCGAGCGAAGGCGCUUCGACUUGUGCUGUUAAUGUUUGUAUAUAUAGUACUUGACCUUUUAUAUUGUCGUACUUAACACUACGUAUACCAUAAAUUCUGACAGGAGAGUUCAAUGUAAAUUUUAAAGCAUAAGAAUCUAUAAUACUCAUUCUUGAGGAGAUUUAUCAGUAAAGGUGAAGUACGAUGUAUAUAAACACUAACAGUACAAGUGACAAGUCGAAGCGCCUUCGCUCGAAAUGUCGAAGUUCUCCUUGUAUUUUUCAGGUAGUUGUAUCCCUAUCAAUCCGAAGCUUUCGUACAUAUUUCCUCAUAAUUUUUAGUUGUUUUCAAUCCGAUUUCAGUGUAAAAAGUAUCCAAUUUUCGACGAGAAAUUCUAAAUACUUAUUUAUAUUUUGCAACAAUUGCUGAGUAUGCGUAGAACUCACGUUGGAAAUUCAACGUGAAUCAAUUCGAUUUCUCCAGAGCUAUACCCACCCUUAACCUGCGAACGGGCAUGCUCGGGGAACGAGAUUGGAACAUACUUUGUUAAUUAUUUGAAGUGUAUUUGUCUUUGAACUACUGCAUGGGCUAGCCUUGAAGUUGUAGGGAGUCCAGUGGUAUGGUCCCACAGGAUACUUUUAAAAUUUAGAGUCGGUAGAUUGUCAUUUUCAGCAUUUUUGGGGGCUAUUCUAUAAAGUUGGUGAUUUUGAAUAAUCUUUUAACAUGUAACAACUGUUCAAUCACAAACCAAUCCAAAACGUUUAAAACGUAGCAAGAUUUUAAUUACAUUUAUACAAUAAAUGAAAAUAUGAUGUACAUGCUUUGUAUUGAUCAGAAUUUUGACACUUCACCCAGUAUCAAAUAUGAAAAUUCCAUUACGCUAACGUAGAAGUACUACAAAAUUUAUUGGGGUGAGCAACAUGGGUUGACGCCUUUAGAAUGCAUGCAAAACACAUUUCAACCAAGCCAAAUAACUUACGUAGAUAUUUCGCCUAUACGUCAUAGACGGAUUUUCUGGGGGGUGCGCACCCCCCCAAAAUAAAUUUUUCCUCAGAAAGUUUUACUACCCCACCUAGAGAAUUUGAUUAUCCGUCGAUGCUACAUGUAAUUUUUUUUAUUGCAAGUAAAUAUUAUAUUUCCUCUAGUAUCUAGUUUCCUAGAUGGUCGUACUGGUUCUCAGUGCAUGCAUCGUUAUAGUAAAUCUGUCGAUCCUGAGAUCAAGAAAGGGAGGUGGAAUGAGGAAGAAGACGAUGUAAGUAGAAAAUCUGAAUGAUAGUGUAAGUGUUAUUGACAAUCAACGAUAUUGUUUUUUCAUUACCAUGCACUGAGUUAUAUAGCAUUUUACUCCAAGACAAAGGCGACUAUAUAGGCCCUAUUAAAGGAAUACCGAAUGGUUUUCCGUGCAGGAUUGCGUGAUGGAUGUCGCGAGACUUUCGGAAAGCGUAAAAAUACUCGAGCCGCAGGCGAGUGUAUUUUUACGCUUUCCAAAAGUUGAGCAACAUCCCAAAUGCAUGGAUCACGCUAACCUGCUUGGAAAACCAUUUGGUAAUUGUUUUAUAAAAUAACUAUAGUGAAACAAUGACAUUUUGAGAAUCCUGCGAAAAUCCUCGUGCAGGAUAGCCUGAUCCUGCACGGCUAUUGACCAAUCAAAUUGCGUGUUUCACUGUAGUUAUUAUAUAAUGUGUAUUCUUUUGAGCAUUCUAGUACGCCGUACUGUAGUUGUCCAAACUGCUACGUUAUUUACAUGAUUUUCGCGGCCAUAAUCAGGAUAUAUUUACGUCGAUGCAUGAAAGUCGCAUGGAUUAUGAAACAGUUAAUUCCUCCCUAUUUUUUUCAGCUGGUACGUAAGGGAGUAGAGUUGUAUGGAACCAACUGGGUAAAAUUUAAAACUUUGCUACCUAGAAGGACAGAUGCUCAAGUCCGGGAAAGGUUAGUGCUUUCAGUCUAGUCACUGCAUCGUUAUAGUAAAUCUGUCGAUCAUAUUGAUAGGAGGUCAUAUUUUUACCUCGACUUGUGAGUGUUUGCAUGUAUAAUUUAGGCAUAGUACUUUACUUAAUUUCUUGGCGUGGGAAUGCAGGGCCCUGUAGUUUUAUUAUAUAGUCGUACUCUGCAUGUAGCAAAGGAAUUUUUAAAUAUACUUAAACUCGUCUAAUUUCUUAAUUUCACGGUAAAACCUGCAUUGAUAAAGAAGAAUUUUUUGUGUAUGAAAAUAUUAAUUUUUAUCCUUGAAUAAUUAAUGAAAAAUAAAACUUUUUAUAUGUAUUGUUCACAGAAUGUGCUGCUGCAUGGUAUAUAGAGGGUUUUAGCUCAUUUCAUGCCAUUGCAAUUUCCCCAAUCUUUGAAGACAAACAUUUCAGCGAGAAAAGAUUAGAGUAAACGCAUUCUAUUUCAAUUAUUUGUAUAAUACGAGAUAUAUGUUAAUUAAUUAACUCUGCAAGUACGUUUCUCGAUGUGUUUUCAGAUGGCAAGAUGUUCUUGAUCCUAGACUUCGCAAAGACGCUUGGACAGAGGAAGAAGAUGCGAUAUUACUUAAAGUCGUGGAAGAACAGAGCGUUGGUGAGUUAAACUCGCACACUGAGAUUCGCCGAGCAGCGGAAUGUGUUCCUCAGAUUUUGUUUACCACAUAUUUUUUUCAAAUAAUACAAAUUAUCAUACUUCACUUCUCAAACUAAGACUCAAAGAGCUUUAAAGCUUUUGUUAUGUUUGCGUUGAAAAGAUUGGGAGCCUUGCUUAUCUUGGUCGAAAAAUUUUGAAUAUGCUUAUGUUAGUCCGGAAAAUUUUUUUUGACUAUGCUUUAUAUUAGACAUGUUAGUCUGGAAAAUGUUUUUGACUAUGCUUAUGUUAGUCGGGAAAUUUUUUUUACCUCCCCCCGCCCUCCCCCCGUCGAUAACAUUUUCGGGAAAAAUUUGUACAACUUUGUUAAAAUGCUGAAAAUGUUGGUCAAAACAUGACGACACCCCUCCCUCCCCAAUGUUGAUGGCUUCGCGACGUCCAUGCUGAAAUCAUCUGCUCUCUGCAGACUUGGGAGAGGCAGUACUUCAAAAAUGACAUGAAAAGAAUAGUUAAAUCACCACAAAAAGAAGUAGCCCAGAAACGUUCUCAUGAAAAGGAUAAUUUAAUCACCACAAAAAGAAGUAGCCUAGAAACGUUCUGAGCUCCAAAUGGAAUUCGAACGUACUACCAUCCAUGGUCUAAACUGAUGCUCUAAACCACUGAGCUAUUGGAGACUCUAUCCCAGUCCUCAUGUGAAAUGAGUAAAAAGUCAACGCUCUGCUGAAAGUCGGGGUUUUCUCCGGGUACUCCGGUUUCCUCCCACAGGGAAAGUUGAGAGGGUGGGUUGGGGAAAAGGGCCCACAGCAAUUGACCAUUUGCGUAAUAGACUAAAUUUUGAUCUCAACAGAAAUUUCAUCACAGCUUGAAAGAGCAUCACAAAAUUAGUAAUAUUCCAAAGUUUCGUUGCGAAAUGUUGAAAAAUGCGGAAAAUAUAGCCUUGCGAAGUUUGCAAUUUUCAGUCAUUUUAGAUUACAAACGGGAAAUUGACCGCCCCAAACCCUCUGAGGCUGUCAAUUUCCCGUUUGUAAUCUAAAAUGACUGAAAAUUGCAAACUUCGCAAGGCUAUAUUUUCCACAUUUUACAACAUUUCGCAACGAAACUUUGGAAUAUUACUAAUUUUGUGAUGCUCUUUCAAGCUGUGAUGAAAUUUUUGUCUAGACUUGUUUAGAUCAAAAUUUAGUCUAUUACGCAAAUGGUCAAUUGGCAUAUGCUGUUGUGGUGACACUGCCCUAGUUGGCAGAGCUUAAUAAAUAAAUGAUUUGACCUACGAUUUGACCUCCUAAUAUUGAAUGCUUCCUGAUUUCAGUAGUAUGGAUGGAUGGAUGGAUGGCCGCCCACUCUUAUAUCGGUUCUGAUGGUUUAACGUGACUGAGUGAUGCCGUUAUGGGUUUCAAAAUGCAUUCGUGCGUGAUGCGGUCCGGAGGUCAAAACCCACAUAAGACCCUUGCUCACCAUACAGUCUCCAAUUGUUCUGUGGUCAGAGCAUCCGUCUAGCAUCCGUCCACUUGGAGCUCUGAGCAACUUGUGGUGAUUUUAUUUCCUCAUGCAACGUCGUUCCUAUAAUAAAAAAUAUUAUCUAUCUAAUAUAAAAUUAAAUUUAAAACACAUUUUACAAUAAUCAACUCUAAAUAAAAAAAGGUUUUAAAACUGUGACUCGUAGGAAUGUUAAAAACAAACCGUUUCCAAAGUGCCCUAUAAAAAGCACAAAGUUGUAUGUCUUUCUAUAUGCAAGAACCGCUCCUAGGCGAAUGAUUGUAUCAAAUCAACAUUUUUAUGUUGUUUCUAGGAUUGAGGAACUGGGCCACGAUCGCAAGACAUAUGCCAGGGAGGACUGAUAAUAGAUGUCGACGAAGAUGGUUUAUUUUAAUGAAAAAUGAUCCAAAGGUAGUGUCCUGUUGCCCGCAUUCGAAGGGUUGGUUCAAAAUUUAUGUUUACAUGACGCUGAAUUAGGAUUCAUUUUAGUUACUUUUAACCACUUUACAAUCGAAGCCUGUACUUUUUUCAUUGAUUUUGUUUUAGAAAACAGGAAGUAACAUGGCACGAAUAGUUUGAGCCAAUAUUACAUGUAUAGAACCCCCGUGCAGUGCUUAUAUUAUGUACUUAAUGUAUUUUUCUAUAUACAUCAUGUUAUGUAUGCAGCGAGUCAGCGACAUUAAUGGGAGCAUGCCAUAUCUCCAGGUGAUUUACAUUAAACUGAAAGUUCGUAAUCUUCAAGCAGUUUUUAUUGGUCGAAAUCUGGUUACAAAACACACAAUUUUUGGUUAGCAUUCAUAUUUGACUCACAGAUGUUGCAAAGCAACAUCUGUGGUAAAAGUCUUUGCGAUUACUUAGUGGGGGGCAGUUAAACAAUAGGAAAUGACCAGCCUGCUUUGCGCGCACUGUUUGCCUGCGAAUCGAGCCUUUCAGAACCGGAAAUUGGGCUGGAGCACGCGUUCGUUCUUUACAUUUGGCAAAUGAAGCACGACAAAUGGGCGAAAUGGCAAAAUGAUUUGGAAAACAACUGCAAACUGCUCUAAUUCUUUCUGUCACUUUCAUUUGAUCUUAUAUUUUACAGUAGAAAAAUCUAAACAACUAAAGUAAAUCAUACAUUUUGUCUUUUUUAUUAAUCCAAUGUACGAUAUUCAAAACAAACGCUCCUAGAAACUUGUUCUUUGCAUUUCACAUACUUAAUUCAGCCUCCCUCCCACGGGACAAAGUGAGUUAAGGUGUCACGUGACCAGCCUGAACCACGGUCUCUGCUGGAGCGUGUUAGGGAGGGAAGCGGAAGUAGAGAGCCUGGCUUGCGAGGUUGCUUUCUUCCCACAUACCGAAGAGAUUGUCGCGUUGAUGUGUUUAUCAUGAAUGCAUUAUAUUAAAUCUCGUACUCAUUUAUAAUUAAUGGUAUGUAAUAUAUACAGCAUGAGCCGUCGUGUUUGUAUAAGAUAUACAAACCUGAGCCGAAGGCAAGAUUGGUGAAAACGUUUGUUAUUCUUCAAUCUUUGUGCCGGGAACGACAUUUGGUAGAAAAAUGAACUUAUAAAUCAGCAGGACUUUAUAUCAGAUAUACAAACUUCUUUGCGGCCAUUAUUUCCUUUCAAUCCUUUGUGUUUUCAUGAAGACCUAGCUUUACAACUGGAUAAACCUCUGUUGACUGCAUGGGAACUGUUGACUGCGUGUCUUCAUCUCGAUUUGACGAAACGUUUGAGUGUUAAGAAACGGUAAAAAUAAGCACUUUAAGCGGCACUUUAUUUGUUUUUGAGCAAUGUCUUCCUUGGCAACUUCAGUGAAUACAUGUACAUAUGAAGCACUAUAUGUUUCAAUAUUCUAGCAAGUAAUUUAUUCACAUUAGAAUUAGUUUAUUCACACUUCAUGAAAUUAAUUUUUUGGAAAGUGCGAAUUUACUAAUUCCAAAAGUACAAAUUUAUUCAGGAACUCAAAAUUUGUUUAUUCUAAAACAAAUUGCAAACUGAAUUUUCGCCAAAUACAAAGAAUUUCCUAAAUCCCUUUCUAUUUGUAAAAUUUCCAAUCCUUUCAAAGAUGCCUGAAAAGCUUAUGCAUCGCCAAGCCAAGAACAAACUUUAAGACAACAUAUCGGCCAUUCCACCACCACAGUACUCCUAGCUAUCAGAGAUAACGUCUUUGGGUUCACACAAAACUUUAAACAUUUAACCGCGUUGGAUUCACGAAUGAAUACCUCAUCUGGACCAUAUCUGAGAGGAAGGCGAAGGGGUCCAAAACUAACUACAGAGUCUUGCGUGUCGUCAUAUGUGUGACAUCAACUUUGGCGUUUGAGGAGCUGCAGACGCGAAUUAAUAGCAAAUUCCAUCAGUAUGCAGAUGAUACAUACACUCUAUACGCAGUGCAAGCCAGCGAAUCUCCAAAGCAAUCAAUCUCCAAAGCAAAGAAUCUCCUUGCCCAAUCUGCAGGCAACCGUUACUGCUCAAAAACUUAGCAAAGGACACCAACCUGAUAUUAAAUCUGAUGAAAAUCUAAUGCUGCUGUAAACUCCGCAACUGUCCUCUUUUUACUUUCUUGCAAGGCAUGUGUCAACCAUUUAACGAAAGCUCAACCAAGCUACUAGUUUCCCAUAUCCACCAACACUUGAAGUGGGGGGACAAUGCCAAGGUGGUGGCUUCGUCAUGUUAUGCCACACUAGCGACACUGAGAAAGCUCACGAAUUAACAUGCUUCUUUUUGACCAACACAAGAUAAUCACGUACUAUACAUGUUAUAUUCAUUACAACGAUCAUUCAGCGCGAUCAAGAGGCAACGGCAAUUUUUGUUUUAGUUAGAUGUUCUUCUCUAAGUGACACGAUAUUCCGUAAAUUUUAACAUAUUGUAAUGCUUAUUGAUUCUGACUUAUUCACACACCGAAUUGUUGCAAUACACCCUCACAGAAAGUGCUUAGUUUUACAUGUUGGCUACCAGGUGAUCUCGUGUUCGUAUUUUAGCCAAUCAGCGCUCAGAAAGGGUUGUCCGAAUAGAAAUCCAUUUUGAUGUAUUCAGUCAAUUAUAUCUUUCGUUAUUCUUUAUGAAACUAGUUGAAAUUUUGUAAUUAUGUUUGGUUAUGAGAAUUAUAGCUCUGACAAAAAUAUGGAAUCGAAAUAAAGUAUAUUACAGGAGAUAUUCAGUUGUUUUAAUCAUAAAAUGGAUUUCUAUUUGACAACUAGUGCCAGUACUUUUCCGCGUAUCAAGAUCAUCUGGCCUAUAGAGCCUUGUUUUCGUGAUUGAGAUAUUUGGUUCAUUAGAGCCCCUUAUCUUGUUACAGGUGACACAUUUAUUAAACCAUACAGUUAUGUAAAUAUGAAAGAUCUAUUUAUAAUUUUGUAAUCAGUAACAAGAUAAAGGGCUGUUAAGAAGCCAGUAUCUCAAACACGGAAACGAGGCUGUAUGGCCGGGGCUAACUACUUUGUGUAUUUGGUUUAGAAAUAGUUCCGUAAUACAAUAUUUUAAGAUACUAUAUUUAGUGUUUUUUCUUUAGACAAAAGAGCACUUAAGUAAACAGAAGAUUACAAAAGCCAAACUUGUAAACAAUUUCUCUCGACGCCGUGCAGAUAAACCAGAUAUUGGACCAGAAGUUAGUAUAAUCGUUAUUAUAGUAUAACCGUUAUUUGAGAUAUUCGAGUGCAGUCGGCCGUAUUGACAGAAAAGUCCUAAAAAUCAUGGCCUAAAGUCUCUACACUACAAUUCGUGCCAAACUAAUAAGAAAGCUUAGAGCCUUUUUCUCCGAAUAUAAUUCAUUGUAUUUUAGAUGAUUCUACUCUGAGUGGCACAUACCGGGCAAGCUGAAAGGUUGCUUGACCGCUGUGGGAAUCGAACCCGCAUCCUUUGGCUUUUGCUAGUCCAAUGCUCUACGAGGUCAAGUCGGUUCGAUUAGUUGAUGUUUUGGACCUUAUAGUCUAAUCGCUUCGAUAUCCAAGUAAAUAUAUCUUACGAUCUUAAAACUUCGUAAUGUCAAUGAUACCCAAAAUAAUUUAGGUGAGUGAACACCAGAUCAUUUGAAAAGGCAAUAAAUUGCUAACGUUUGACCAAUGGCAUUAAAUAAAUUAAGAUUUAUGUGGCAUAUACGAUUUGUACCUAUAAACAAUUUCACUAAUGUUGCAAGUUAUAUAAUGGCUUCCAAAUUAUUUACACCUGGCAAUUAGCCUGCACUCAAAAGACUAGAUGAAACAGCGUCAGUUAGCUGUUGGACUGCUGCAAUUUUGAUUCGAUUAGCUAAUUGUUUUGUUCAUAAGAUAAAAGUUUUCAACUGUCCAUUUUUAUUGCGUCUCCAGUUGUUUUUUCUCCCUCCCCAUCAGAGUGUUGGGUUUGAGGGGUUGAAGGUCAGCCGGGUUAUCAAUAUGUCUGUAAGAUGAUAUACAGCAUACAUAAAAGUACAGCUGUAUCAUGAUAUACAUCAUAGAUUCAAGAAUGACCGUAUAUAUGAUAUACAUCAUGCAAAUGAAGAGAAUGUAUAUGGAAUUAUACUGCCGGCGAACAACUAACUUGCGUAUUCUUUUCUGUUUUAGGAUUUUGAAAUUCCUGAUCUGUCUGAAACUGUAAGUUAAUUUGUACUUGAAGCAUAAUUUAAAUUGUAUUUUUAGUGCCAGUACGCGUCGAAACACAUAUUAGUUAGUUAGUUAGAUCAGGUGAUCAGGUCUGCAUCUUUAUGAUUAACCCGUGUCAUCGACGUCUUUAUUAAUAAAAAGUACAUGUUUGCUUAGGAAAUCCUCUCCAUUUGACUCCAUCAGCAGCCAUCUCCCUUCUGUUAUCUACAGAUCACUUUUAUUUGUUCUCUUCUCGACAUUAUCAAUAACUGUUUUCAUUAGACUUUUCCUUUGUCUGCCUCUUGAUCUUCUGUCAUGUUUUCGCUACCAAUCCAAUUUGUUUCCCCAUGACCAUUCUGACCACAUAACCAUGCAAACGUUCAUUCUUUUGGAACUUACUGUUUCACAUAUAGGACGUAUUGGUGAUUUCUCAAACAAAUUUUCGUUUUUAACACGAUAGAACCAACAUAUUCUUAGGAUUCUUAUAGACAAUAUUGAUGAAACGUUUCAAGUCUUUGAUGCAUCUGUUUGUCGGUAGUGUAUGGAAUUGAACGCACAUGCUGCCUUUCCAAUUCGUUGUGAAAUCUCGUUAUCAAUUGUGCGAUAACUGGUGAUACAACGCCCCACAUAAGUAAACUGAAUAACCUGUUUAACUUAUUGUUAAUGACAUUAACAUUCUUAUGUUAUAUGCAUUUAUUUUCAACCCAUGCAGUUUAUCCACAACAUUUGCUAAUGAGAUCCGGUGUCUCGUGCAAACUUUCUGGAGUAGUUUCGCGGGCUGCAAUGUCAGUGGCAUGGUCCAAAUAAUCAAUUACUGAAAUUUCAGAUUGCCGCUAACAAAAUCUUCUCUGAAGAAUGUUUCCUUUAGAUACAAGCUUUGGCUUGUUCAAUCCCGCAAUUAAGAUAGACAUUGAAUAUAAGAGGUCCUUGAGCAUCUCCAUGCCCAGUUCCACUCUUCUCUUGAAACCAUCGACACAUUUCACCUUAUCUACACUGACAGUGCUUUCAAAAAAGUAUUUGGAAACGUUAAUAUAUUUCUGAGGAAGAUUCAAUAAUGAUCAAAUACCUGAUCCUUCGUCUGACAGAUUCAAAUGCUGGUUUAAACUCAGUAAACUUAAUAAACCAUCAAAUAAAUAAAUUCCAUCCAAUGAUCCCGAGAUCCAAUGUCCGCACAUUCUAUAUCCUCUGCAAUUUUCGCAUCUCAGGUAUUCUGCAUGUGUAGUAUAGCCAAAUGUAUAAACAAAUAAAUCGGUCGAGUAUUCGAGCGAUCAUAUUUUCAAUUAAUCAAACAGCCAAUUAAGCAACCAAAUAUUCAACAACAAUAUUAACUUUGUUUAGGAGGAAAACGUGCCUGAUACAGCAGCUAACGAUGAUACAGCAGCUAACGAUGAUACAGCAGCUGACAAUGGUACUGCAGCUGACGAUGGUACAGCAGCUGACGAUGGUACAGCAGCUGACGAUGGUACUGCAGCUGGAGAUGGUACUACUCCUGUUGAUGCCAAAACAACGGGAACAAACCAGAGCUCCACCCUUAAGUCACCAAAGAGAAAGGCGGGAAAGAAAAAACGUGGGAGAAAAUCCAACACUGGUGGAACGCCGAAACGAAAACAGGUAAUUGAAUGCAAUUAUUAUUAUAGAUAUAAAGAUAGCUUCCACAUGAAAUGAAAACCGAGUAAGGUAAACCGGGUGUCUAGAUUCCGUGCUUUCGUCCUCGAAGUAUUCUUGGUAUUGAAUGAGAGACUGUCCGCCGUCACAAAUGUUGAGGAAUGUUUUUCUAGAAGAGUUAUUCGAUAUUUCAUGUAAUACGCUUGCUUCUAGACAUUUCAAAAAUUCUAAAGUUGACCACAAAGUCAGAUAAAAUAUUUGGGCCAAUAGUGCCCAAUACCUCAGUAGACUUGCUCCAAGUCUCUCUUUGUGGACAUCUAUAUAUUGUACAUCUAUAUUGUACGUUACAUGACGUACCGCUGAGGGGGAGAGGAGGAAAGAGAGACUUGUAACAUCUGGCAGCAGACAUACUUCCGGCUGGUCAAUUUCGACCAGCCGGAAGUAGAUGGCCGCAUUGACUUAUCACGUGUUUAGGGGGGGAAGGCGACAUCUGGACUUUCAGAGUUAUUUGUUUAACAUAAGUAAUUUUGUAUUCACGAGAUUUCUUGUAGAUUUCACAUCACUUUUGACUGCGUGCAUUUGGAAUUUUGGGCAUUAUUUUUGCAAUUUAUUGUAAACAACGAUUAUAAGAAGAACGGAUAAAUUACAAAUCAGCCAUAAUCGUCAUAAACCUCGAUGACCACCAGUGUUUUUGUGUUUGACAAUUUGUAUUUCAUUAGAUAUUUAUAUGCAAGGUCAAUAGUAUAUAAAACGGGUUAUAAUAUAAAAUGAUCAUUCUAAUGAAUGAAUUGAUAAAACGAAUUAUUUCUAAUAUGUACGGUCGCGUUUUUUACACGGCCACUACUGAAACGUUUAGCUUGAUUGUUGAAUAAAUCGAUGACUUGCUUAGUUGCUUUCUGUUUUGAGCUUAACCACCGUUUAAGCUAAACGGGCUUGAUACAACUGGGCCCAGACUCGGCCCCAGAUAAACAUUUUUGUAUUAUCGAGAUCGAAACUAUAGUAAAUUGGAAACCGUGUCAAUAAUAAAAAACGGACAAUGAACUUAUGAACAUUAGAAAAUUGUCACGCCCAAAAUUUUUACAAAUGUUUAUUUUGUUACUAUAGUUUCGAUCUCGAUAAUACAAAAAUGUUUAUCUGGGGCCGAGUCUGGGCCCAGUAGUAUCAAGCCCGUUUAGCUUAAACGGUGGUUAAGCUCAAAACAGAAAGCAACUAAGCAAGUCAUCGAUUUAUUCAACAAUCAAGCUAAACGUUUCAGUAGUGGCCGUGUAAAAAACGCGGCCGUACAUAUUAGAAAUAAUUCGUUUUAUCUAUUCAUUCAUUAGAAUGAUCAUUUUAUAUUAUAACCCGUUUUAUAUACUAUUGACCUUGCAUAUAAAUAUCUAAUGAAAUACAAAUUGUCAAACACAAAAACACUGGUGGUCAUCGAGGUUUAUGACGAUUACGGCUGAUUUGUAAUUUAUCCGUUCUUCUUAUAAUCGUUGUUUACAAUAAAUUGCGAAAAUAAUGCCCAAAAUUCCAAAUGCACGCAGUCAAAAGUGAUGUGAAAUCUACAAGAAAUCUCGUGAAUACAAAAUUACUUAUGUUAAACAAAUAACUCUGAAAAUCCAGAUGUCGCCUUCCCCCCCUAAACACAUGAUAAGUCAAUGCGGCCAUCUACUUCCGGCUGGUCGAAAUUGACCAGCCGGAAGUAUGUCUGCUGCCAGAUGUUACAAGUCUCUCUUUCCUCCUCUCCCCCUCAGCGGUACGUCAUGUAACGUACAAUAUAGAUGUACAAUAUAUAGAUGUCCACAAAGAGAGACUUGGAGCAAGUCUAUACCAAUACCUCGCAAGUACUACGCUCGCAAUUUUAACCGACAUUUUCCUGUGUGAACUUUAUGCAGACUACAAGUCCCAAAUCUCCCAAGACGUCAGAUGUGUCAAGUCCAGAAAAACCACAAACCAAGAAACUUCGUGCAAAAGGCAAGAGGAAGAAGACUAGAAAAAACAAAGAUCCCGUACGCACACCCACUACGCCAUCACAAACAACGAAAGCGCCUUCAAAAUCACCUGAGAAAGCACUUACAGAACCUCGUACGAAACCUAAAUUGACAGCGCCCAGUCCAACCAUCGUAUCACAAGCCUCUUCCUUACCGAAUGCCAUGCCAAUUUCAUUAUUACAACAAUUUUCAGUACUCUUACAGGUACGUUCUAACGUCGUUUGCAUCUAAGUAUGAACAUGACUGUUAUUACAAUUUACGAGGGUCUUCCACUAAAUUAUAUUUGCCCAAUCCUAAGACUGAAUAUCUCAAAAAACGUCUUGGUUAUAUAGAGGGGCAAAAUUGUGCUCUCAGAUGAAUUAAGGAAUAAAGAAUCUCUUCCCACAACCUUUAAUACAAGUAUUGCGACACCUGGCCGGUUAAUAAUUGUCAAUUAAUUAAUUAGUAUUCUGAUUGUUCGUCUUCUUUGUCUUAAAUCUACUUAUUACCUUAUUUGUUUGUAUUCAUUGUAAUGUUUGUAAUUUUUUCUUAAAGCAGGCCUUAAAAUAUCGGUCGGUCACGGACAUUGUCCGACCCAUUCGUGAAAUUGUCCGACGUAGAAAGAAAACCACCGGACAUUCUGUCCGACCAAAGUGAAACUGAGGUUUAUUGUUUGUCCGACCCGAGUGUAUUUGUGUCCGACCGAACUGUAGCUUUGUCCGACGUAAAUCAAAAUGUACCCUAGCCCAGGACUAGAGGCUUGUAUGUUAAAUGGAAAAUCAGAGUACUAUUGUAUAAAAGGUCAACUGGAAAUGUUGUUUUAACGUAGUCGAGCGCGGGGCGGCGAGCGAAAUGGUGAAGUGGAAAACGGGUUUAAGUUGUCGAAGUCUUUUUUAAUACUGCUGUUCUGGAAAGCAAGUUAAUUUUGGCUUGGAAAUAAGUAUGAAAGAAACAAAUUAUUUAAUAUCUUUACAACAUUUACCGUUUAUUCAUUUGUGUCAUUCAGACGGCUUAUUUCCAAGUCAAAACUGAACUGAAGGUCAUCGGACAUAUGUCCGACCCAAACUCAACGUCACCGGACAUUUUGUCAGACGGCCCUGGAAAAGAUAUUUUAAGGCCUGCUUAAAGUUUAAUGUAAUAUUCUCUACGCCCCUCUUGGAAAUCAGUUUUUGCUGUAUGGGUUAGCGUACAGUAGUCAAAUAAAGUUUUAGUAUAGGUAAUCAUGCGAUGGCGAGUACAGUUAGGUAAUCUCUAAUUGUACGAGCAACAUCGCAUGAUUACUUAUUAUUACCAUGACAAAAUUGGAUAAUUCUCAAUGUCAACAUCAUAUUCUCUCGCCAAAGUCAGUCCUCCCAGACUUUUAACCAAAAUGUGGUGCUUUUGUUCGUAUUUUCAUUUAGUUCUUUUGCUUUAAGUUCCUCCUCUAGGGCAAUUUAAUUUGUGUUCAAAAUACCUUUCCGCCAUUUUGUUUGUUUUGGGAAAAUUAGCAAUUGUGCUGCAUUACAAUUAAUGAAAUAAUUGUACUCCUCUCAACCAAUCAGCACCCAGUAAUUCUAGAAGUCAUGCCAAUAAUAACCUACCUAAUUGUCCAAAUUUAGUGUACUCUUGUGUAGACUAAAUUUAGUCUAUAAAUUUAGUGUACUCUCUCAAAUUAAAUUUUAAUUUUUAAAUUAGGGUUUUAGCUUUCGAAUGACACCUUUCUUGUAUCAUUACAAGCACAAUUCAAAAUCACAUUUUUCCACUUUUGUGCAUAAUUAAGCAGAACAUGACAAAAGGAAAAGCAAUUUAAAAUUAAUCACUGUGUGUCUUGCUAAAUUUUUAAAAGUAAGCUAGUUUUAAAUAUACAUGAAUAUCAUUUCAUUUUCAAAUUAGAACAUUUCUGUUCAAGGCAUUUCAUGUUGACGUAUCUGGAGUGCUUAAGAAGGUUAACACGCAAGGAGGAGCAACGACCCCUCAACCAAACGCAAGUGCUACUGCUGUAACAACUUCCGUUACCCGACAGACGUCAGUGACUACCAUCGCAGAAACACCAUCACAAACACCUAACUGUACAACUGGUAGCGACAAUGUGAGCAGCCGAGUAUUUUCCAGUACUGGGAAAAACCCGUCAAUUGCAGGUCAGAUACAUGGCUUAGACACUAAUGCCAACAACCAAGCGCUCAACAGAAUUACUGAAAAAGUGACAAACAACAAAACACUCACCACUACAAUUCCGAAUCAUAACGCUCAUGUUGUCAAUACAUUAGCACCUUCGUCAGCUAAUAUGAUAAGGAGCAAUGAUAGCGAUGUUUCAAAUGGUACAACAAAUAACAUAACAGACACACCUGCAAGUAACACUUCUUUGUAUCCUCGAGGAAAAAUCACUGAGAAGGUAAGGACUGAGCAAGACAAUAAUGUAGGUGUUCAGCAAGUGGUAAUUAGUGAUUCCGAUGGCACUGGUCACAGUGAUGCAACAGAAUUGAGUCCGUCCUCUCGCACUGAGAAAACAUCAACAGGAUCUAAUGGUAAUGCUAACACAUUAAGCAAGUUAAGUGCUUCCAUAGCUACAGACAAGGAUUCUCAAAACGGGAAUGCUCGACGCACAAGUCGUAAACGAAAACGUGAUAGCACUAAGGCCAGCGACUUGAUUGCUGAGAAAAGAUUGAAUGGUGAAGAAAGUAAAGAUGAUGCUGAGGGAACAUGGGAAGGUCUGAAGGAAAAAACAGGUGGUGUUGUACUUUCGGAUACACGGCAUGGUCUAAAUCAUGAUAUUAUUGUUUUGUCAAAUUCUGUUUCCCAUCAAGGACAGCAUGGAGUAGGUAUGGAUGCUAAUGAAACACUGGGAAGAGCAUCCAAAAGGAAACGGGAUAAACGUGGAUCCACAAUUAAGACAACGAGAGGAAGGAAAAGAUCAAAUCAGAGUGGAGGUGAGGGUCAUAUGCAUGGAAAUAUGUCUUCGGGUGAUAUUGAACAAGUUGAAACAUCAUCACGCUAUCCUAAGAGAUCCAAACACGGACAGCGAAACGUAAAUGGCAAUACUCUUGUUGGUUUAACGGCGAAUAAAAUAAUUGAAAACUCUGUUUCAGAACCUAUUCCAGCAUCAAAUGAAAGGAAUAAUAGCUUCAGUCCAGGUAGUGCUUCAAACACUGGUAUGGGAAACAACCCUUAUCUUCACGUUAAGAGAGUAAUCAUGAAUAGUGAUAUACGAUUGCCUCAAGUACCGGCUAUCCCGCUACUUCCUCCAUCCUCCACCACAUUAAGUGCAUUUAAGAAAAUGUUGACAUUACGGAAGGAUCUGGAAUCGCAAGCUAACCACCUGAACGUCACCAACCAUACUGCUAAUCAGGCAGCCGACCAACCAGAGAAUCAGAAUGGACAGUCUUCAAACUCUCAGAAUGCAUCGAUAACAACUUCGCUUCAAAAUCCUUUGGCCGAUCGUUUGGUGCUCGUGUCAAACACAAAGCAGACAUCACACGAGGAGUUUCGCAAUUCGAUAGCAUACCAACAACUUCUGAACAGGUUUAAGGGACUUUUCAUGUGGCCUGGAUUUUUAUCGAUUGUCAAUCCAAGUUUUAAGAACAAUGAAGGUCCAAAUCAAACUACUCAGACGCCAAAAAAGAAAAGGCAAACAUACAGACGACGAACUCGAUAGCUAUUAGUAUUAUAUUUUUAUAGGGCAUAGGGUGGUAUAUCCAUUAUGUUAUAAUGUUAAUGUCCAUUAUUUUUAAUGGUCUGUUAUGUAAAGGGUUUUCGAAAUCCUAACUAAGAAAAAAAAGUAGAGUUUUUUUCACAAAUCCAGAAUUAGUCAAACUAAUGGUUUCCGCCUGUUUUCUCCGCUUGAUGCAGUUGUGAUCAUACAAAUUUCGUUUUUUGUUUUUAAAUUUGGCAAAAUUCAUAGAAUAAAUAAUAUUGAUUAAAAUGUCGAAGGCAAAUAAGCAAACAUAAACUCCUCAACAGAAGCGAAAAUGAAUUGAAUUCAACGGAGUAAGAAAAACAAGCAAUUCAAUGUGUCCCAAGAAACAAAGGCUGCUUGCUCAUUUUAAGAGAGAUAAUUGGAAAAUUUAAGUAAAACAAAUAUAAAGGAUGUAUAAAAACAUCAGUCCAACUUUGACAUGUUCUCCUAAUACGUUACUUAUAAAAUGGCUCCCUCGGAUACUGCUCAAACUGCUCUACAGAGUCAGGAUCGAAAUUAUUCUCAUUUCAGAUUCAAAUUUAAGAAUUUGAAUAAAGAUGCCCUAACGUAUGGGUUAUUUAUCAAGGCUUGGUAAAUAACGAUGGUUAAAACAUUUUACGAUACUGAAAGUUUGCAUACUGAACUUACGAUGCCAAACGUUUUCCAAAUAAGCAACCAGAACUUGGGCAAAUUUUCAAAAAUUAGAAGUACAGUUUCAUGCACAGAGGUGUGUGCAUGAUAAUGCGACCGGAUCGAAACAAAAAGAUAUCAUAUACACCUAAAAACUGGAUCUUAUCAAUGAACUUGUUUUCAUUUGCACCCGCCAUGCUACAACAGGCGAACGUAAAAACGAGGCCAUUGAGGCAAGAGUGCAAUAUUAAACAAUUUUAGUAUGAACUCGAUACUUAACGCAUGCUAAAGUUGGAUUGCCUUUUUUAUACACCCUGCAUGACCCUAAUAGUCAAACGCAACUACGUCUCAUGAAAUAAGUUUCUGAAUAAAUGCUUUACUUUUAUUUCAUUUUUCCAACGUAUAUAUUGUUCGUUUAGACUUUAGAUGUAAAAGACCACGUUACACGAGGAAUUUUCAACUUUCAACGCAAUUUCUGACAGAAAACAUAGAGCGAUGUUAUGUUAAAACAGUAUCAACAGAAAAUCAUUUGACAUGACCAGCUAGCUUUUCACUUUUCUGAUAUUCCCAUCAUCAUUUAGUUUCUUUCAUGUCUUUAUGCGUAAGUGAUAUCUUCAUGUUUUGCGUACGAACAGAUGUUUGUUUGAUCGUGACUUAAUCACAACUCUAUCUCUGAUCAUCUCUAUAGCUCUAAUCCUAUAAUUGUGCGCGAAACACGUUAAUAUAAAUCUUUAAUAUAAGUCAAAUUCUUUAUUUUACUGUAAAUACAUAACAUGACUCUGAGACAGAAGUUCAUGUGUAGCAUGGCCUUAAAAUGCAUGCAUGUGGAUUAAAAUGUAUUUGUGUACGUUUGCUAUAUUUGUAUAUAGUUCGUCUGCAUGACAAAACUGAUAUGUCAUCUACCGUUAUUUUCGGACUGAAACCAAAAUGCCAAAGACACGAAUCUGAUACAGCUAAAUCAGUAACCCCGUAACUUUUUCUAGUUCAACACACCAAUUCCCCUUGUCAUAAUAGCAGCGAACAACUGAAAUAUCAUCCAGCUUCCUGCACUCAUCUGCCAGCUCGUUUUCUUUAAAAACGUGGUAAAAUCUCUGAUAUACCUUUGGCACCUUGUCUUUUCCUGCUGAGUUUAAUCCCUGCUCAUCUUGAUCCACCAAGUGUUUGUCUGAAGCACAAGUUAAUUCCUUGCUAGAAUUAGUACAAUUCUUUUGUCCACGAUAAUUCCACGGGAUUAAUAAAUCUUGCUGCUCAAACACAUCUCUGGAUGCAUUCACUUUCAGUUUCACUGAGUCGUCUCUGGAAGCAGCAGUGUUUCCGGUGCACUCCUGGGUAGAUGUUUCUAUUUCAUUGCUGGAUGUAUUCAAAGAAGCAGAAAGUAUUUCUGAGGUACAGUCUGCUUUUGAUGUGUCAGUGACGCAGCUCGACAUUCUGGAACAUUUUGGUGUGUUGAGUGUAUCAGUAUCUUCAUUAUUAUGGCUUACACGUUUUGUAUCCGAAUAAAUGUUGUUUUGACAAUCCAAAUCAUAUACCCUAUUGGACACUUUGGAACAUAAGUCCUGCUUACUUACAACACCAUUAUUUAUCGCUGAUGUAACGACACCUGCAGAAGUUGUUUCAAUAUUUGAAUUAGUAGGAUAGCUUUUCCGUUCAGAUGGUAAAGACACAUGAAACUGAUCCAAGUCUUGUUUCUCCACAUGGUUUGCAGUGGAACACAUCUUACUGUCAGUCUGAGCAUAUUUUCCCCAAUGAUCACGAUUUUUCCUAUUUUCUGCGUUCUUAAAGUCUUGUUCUAAGGCCCAGACAGAAAUUAAUAUACGACCGCCAGGUCUGAUAAUCCGAGUAAGUUCUUUAAUAGCGGCUAGGCGGCGAGCUGCUGUAGAAAGAUGAUGAAUGACAGCGAUACAUAUACACACAUCAAAGCUAUUGGAUCUG